ACUGGUGCCCUCUGAGGCAGCAGUAGGGAAUUGUAAAGAAGGGGGCGUUUGGGGGAAAGAGGACGAGUUCAGUUUUGGAGACGCGGGGUUUAAUAAGUCUGUGGAACAUUCAGUUGGCGGUUGCAGUCAGCAGAGAGCUCAGCUUUGCGGGAGGUUCAUUGAGCCCGAGGGCGCUGGGGAGGUCCUGGCCGAGGCCCCGGGAAGUUCGGGUCUACGCAGGUGACAGGCAGGAUUCCAACCCUCGGCCAGAAGUUCUCCCUGUCUACUGUUAACACAGCUGCUUUCCCCCAGAGCUCCUCUUCAAGGGGUUCCCAAGCCAGCUGGGCGUUUUCCCAUUGGAUACUUAGCUGGCAGCUGGGAAGGGAAUGGAUGGAAGACUUCCAGAAUGCUGAAUCACCAGACGGACACAGAAAUCGUGUGAAUUGCUUAGUAUUUAGGGUCAGUGAAGACCGGAAACCAAAUUUUUUGCCUUGGCACAGAGUUCUUUCCAGUACUUUGCUAUGGGGUUUUUUGGGACAGAUUCCGAGUGUAGGAGAUUUUGUAAUUUUUCGCAACUGCAAGGUACAACCAACAGGAAAUGACGCUACUCAACUCACUUUGGUGACUGAUUUCAAGUUUCAUGGCGGCGGUAGGGGAAGAAAAUGGAGUCAGGCAUUUUUGUGAAGGGAUAAAAAGUGUAUCCGGUUGGCUACAGAAGCCCUUUGCCCUCUCUUCGAGUUUCCGCCUUCCUUGGUAGCUCCGAUUGGCUGGAAAGCGCCGGGGAUUCUGAUAGGCUGAAAUAAUCCCUAUCCCAGAGUGCUUCGGGGCACUGCUUUCCUUUCCGCUCGGCUGUGGUGCCCGUGAGGAGGGCUCUAAGCAGCCAUGGCGCCCAGCCGAAAUGGCAUGAUUCUGAAGCCCCAUUUCCACAAAGACUGGCAAAGGCGAGUUGCCACAUGGUUUAACCAGCCAGCCAGGAAGAUUAGAAGACGAAAGGCUCGUCAAGCAAAAGCCCGAAGAAUUGCUCCUCGCCCUGCAUCUGGUCCUAUCAGACCAAUAGUGAGGUGCCCUACCGUCCGAUACCACACCAAAGUGCGUGCUGGUAGAGGAUUCAGCUUGGAAGAGCUUCGAGUGGCUGGUAUCCAUAAAAAAGUGGCACGGACUAUUGGUAUCUCUGUGGACCCUCGUCGCCGAAAUAAAUCUACAGAAUCUCUCCAGGCAAAUGUGCAGCGGCUGAAAGAAUAUCGUUCCAAACUAAUCCUCUUCCCGAGGAAACCAUCUGCACCUAAGAAGGGAGAUAGCUCUGCUGAAGAACUUAAGUUGGCAACUCAACUUUCAGGACCCGUUAUGCCCAUCAGAAAUGUCUUUAAGAAAGAGAAAGCUCGUGUCAUCACUGAAGAUGAGAAGAACUUCAAAGCAUUUGCUAGUCUUCGGAUGGCCCGAGCCAAUGCCCGUCUUUUUGGAAUCCGGGCAAAACGAGCCAAAGAGGCUGCAGAGCAGGAUGUGGAGAAGAAAAAGUAAAAAACUUAGUAAUUUGAAUAAAAUAAUACAAAACA